AUCCAAUAACUAAUAGAGAGCCUUUCUGAGUUUGGACAUUACAUCACUUGGUAGAAAUGAUACAACGCAAGAUAGUAUGCUUCCGCUGCUAGAGAUGCCUUAGCAUAUGAUGCAAUGUUUCUCUACAACAUCAAAGUUACGCAUGCUAUGCACUAUUAGGCUUCAACGAUUCUGAACCCUAUACAAAGCGGUGUAACCUAAGUACCUAAUCCUAACCAGGAAACUUAACGGCAAGCCCUUACUUCUUCAGUUCUGUCUCAACUUGACCUCAACUUCAUUCCUGCGCUUCACAUUUACUUUACCUGAAGAUUCCCUAAGUCUUCCCUGACCUGUUAAAAUCUUCCUUUCUAUUCAAGCAGUGUCUAUAGGUGCACAAUAUUCUGCUCCAAGUCAACUUAUCUGAACAGGACUCUGUCAAAAUGGCGAAGUCUAAGGUACCAGCUGCUCAGGCGGCAGACGCUCAGGUGGCAGACGCUCAGGUGGCAGGCGCAGAGACUGGCACUCCAGAGCUCAUAUUUUCUUCGUCAAUGUUCUCCUCUCCAGAAGAUCUCUACAAACACGCUUUGAGAAUUCUCUCUACUGUUACAUCCCACGAAGAACUCAUCUACAAACACAUUCUGCCAGCUUGGGCGCAGACCAUAUUAGAUCAGCUCGACGACAGGUUUGAGGGCACUUUCAGGAAAAACUACAACGUCAUUACUUCUACUAUCUGGAUUCGAAUCAUGCCCACAGAGCUCCAUGAUUGUCAUCAGAACUGGAUCAAUGCCCAGAAGUUCCGUUGGUAUCGUACCGGGCAAAUCACUGCUCAUGAAUAUGAGUACUUGCGUGUUAUGGUUGGAACGACGAUCCCAUUUAUUCACGGGCCGUAUGCGCGCUCUAGAAAGGAACCAGAUUUGCUUUUAAGAGUAGACGGUCGGAGAUUACCGUCUCUUGUGGUCGAAUCUGGAUGGAGCGAGUCUUUCCCCAGACUCGAGGAAGAUAUGAACCUCUGGCUCGUGGGUGGUCAGGGGCAAGUGAAAGCAACGAUCAUACUCAACUGGCGGCGAGUCAGAAAUACGGAUACAGUUCGAGGAAAUGUCCUUCUUUACACAUUAGACAGGAACAACAUGCCCCGUCUACAGCAAGACAUCGUUAUUUUCCCAGCUCCUCCCCCGAUCCAAGCUGCGUCGGAACAACUCAUCCUAUCGAGAAAAGAAGUUUUUGGCGGAGAAGUUCUUCAAGGCAGAAACUCAAAUGACCAGCUUGUCUUUUCUAUUGACUUGCUGCGUGAAGAGGCCAGGAUCGCAUUAGGACUGAUGGGCCUUUCUCCGGCAUAACGCGUUUAGGAGGUCAUAUACCUUUUAUAACGGCAAGAGAGGUUAUAUCUGUGAAUGGGAGGCUACUGGAUAGGAUAUGGGUUAUGCAAUUUUACUUGUUUACUUGACACAUGCAAAUGCAGGCGGCGCAAUUGUUCAAUAGCGCUAUAAUAUCUGAUACGAAAUUAUUCACAAGUGGUUUUUACGAAAGUACUAUCACCAGCUCUACAAAUGAUACACGGUUAAUUAUGGAC